AUGACGCCUCCUUACUCAAACAUUUUCGACGAGAACACUACAGAUAGCCGGAUAGGCCUUCUUAGAACGGUUGUCACUAAUUCUAAGAUUGCCGUUGAGGUCAAAGAUAUUGAGGGCUUAUUCGGUGGAAAAGGACAAAUGGCCAAAGAAGACCUCGGUAUCAUCAUUCGGGCAACCAACGACUUCGGAAUCACACCACCAAAAGCUCUUACUCGGCUUUACGAACAGUUGAGGCCUUUAGAAACGGCGCCAGAUAUCCAGUUUGGUAUCAAUCAUGGAGUUUGCAAGCACUUGAGCUGUUUCAUGACAGAAAUGCUUGUUGCUCAUACACCCAACCUCCGAAGUUUAGAGUACAAUGUCCACGGCUGCUCGAACGCAUUUAAAACACUUGAAGAGGCGGUCAGAACUCACUUCAGGGUUCCGCUGCUGCCUAAUCUGAUAGAUGCUUACAUCGAGUUGAACGGUCCAGCGGAUCAGGUCAACUCUUUGGCAGAGGCUGCUCCGGCUCUAGACAGCCUCUGGCUGAGUUCCGUUUGCGGACUUCAAUCCGGCAUGCAAUUCAACAGCGUCAGAGUCUUAAUCUUAACCCAAGUAGAUUUGAGUCCUGCCGAGCUCAAGAAACUCCUGAGCGGUUUUCCUGGCCUCAAGAAGUUUUGGUUCACAUCAAGCUACCGCCCGAUGCGAAUGGGGGGCACGUCCCUGCUGUGCCGACCCCAAGAGGUGGUAGAUGCCCUCUGCGGUCUUAACCUGGGGAUCACAGAGCUGACGCUGCACUUCAAUUCUUGGGACUGUAAUGAGCCGAGCCAGGACUCUGAUAUCCCUCUGCCUGGUCUUCUUACCUCGAUUCAGGGGCUCGACAAACUGGAGGAUCUGGAUUUUGACGGGAUGUGCUUCUGGGGUAGAGGCUAUUUCUUACAUGGAUCACCGACUUAUGAUCCUGUGAAAGUUCAGGCCCUCGCAGGGCUUCUUCCUUGUAGCCUCAAAAAGCUAACACUGACGAAUUUGAAGAAUGGCCCAUUUUAUGAAGAUUUGGAAGCAUUGCCGGAGAGGGUAUCGGAAAUCUUGCCGGAGCUGAGAGUGCUGGAGUGUGGACUGCGACAUGGAAAGAAGAUGCCACAGGAUAAGUUGCGGUACCUGACGGAACGCUUCACGGCCCAGGGAGUCAAGUUUCAAGACUCGGCAAAUAUUCAUUCGAGCGACGAUGAGGACGGUUAG